AUGGCGUCCCCCUGGGAUGCUGCUGCUGCUUCUGACGCGCAGUCUGGCCCUGCUUUUCUGUCCCGCUUGUCCCCAGACACGAGGGAGAAGCUGCCCCUGUUUGCGAAGCUGGUGCAGUCCGUGUGCCAUGACCCCGCGGCCCAGGUGAGGAGGGCAGUGCUGCAUUUCAUUGGGGAGCUGCUGCGCUCCAGUGCCCUGGGCUGCUCGGCGUGGGACGUGGUGGGGCACCUCUUCAGCGAGUUCAGCCGGGCCUCGGGCAGACUGGCAAUGGGAAACCUUAGCAUGGUGAAAGCGCGGGAAGAAAGGGCUGUUCAGAGCCUGUGCGCCCACGUGCUGGGCACGCUGGAUGUCUCUGCCGGAGCGGUGGCCAAACUCCUGUGGCCGAAGCUGCUGUGGUACGUGGUGCCAGCCAAGUACACGGGCAUGUUGGUCCCGCUCUGCCGCUGCCUGCGCAGCCUGGCCGAGAGACGGGACAGGGCAGAGCAGGAGCAAGAGGAGGCGGCGCCUGAGGCCCUGGAGUCUGAGGAGCCAGCCGCUCUGCCAGCUCCCCAGGCCCUGCUGGCUCGCCUGCUGGUGGUGGCGGCAGUGGCUCCACACGCGGGCGGUGGCCGUGGAGCCGCGGCCCUGCAGCUGCUGCAGGCGCUCCCCGGCACGAUCCACGGAGCCGUGGGGGCGAAGUGGGCCGCAGACAUCCCCCUGCUGCUGCAGCACCUGGCAGGAACAACAGUGAGCUCCCUGGACGUGGCCGAGUGGGAGAGCCUUCUGCUGAAGUUCCUGCAAACCUCUCUGGAGCUCAUUGCGAGCGAGGCCUGGACCGUGGGCCUGAGCCAGGAGCUGAGCCGGCAGCUGGGCAGCUCUCCCCGCCUGUCCUGGGAGAAGCGGUUCCUGUACAAGGCUCUCGGCACGGCCCUGGCAGCUUGUGGGUGUCUCCACCACGUGCAGGAGCAGACCUUGGAGCACCUGAAAGCAGCCAACUUCCUGGAGCUGUGGCAGGCGCAGGGCAUGGUUUCAGUUGUGUCCCGCUGUGCCGAGAGCCACUUCCAGCUGGCCUUGUCCUUGGUGAAGGAGUUCACGGGGACUUUGAAACGCAAGAAGAGCAAGGCAAGAAGGACCCGCGCUACUCGCGCUGCGCUGCUGGUGAUGUACGGCCGGAUGGCGCUGCGCGCCCCCAGGGAGCAGCUGCUCGCCCGUGUCGAGAGAGACGUGGUGGCGAAUGUCCUGCAGCUCUACCGAGAGGGCUGCCAGGAUGCGCAGCUGAAGCUCUCCCUGGUGCAGAGCGUCACUGAGAUCAGCCUUGCCAUCCAGGCUGCAGGCGCCGGCCCCAGGUUUGAGCUCUGCUGCAAGCGGGAGCUGCUGCAGACCCUGCUGGAGGUGAUUCAGGAAGAGCCCCAGGAGUCCCCGGUGCACCCCCGGGCCCUCGUGGCCAUGCAGCAGUUGAGCAAGCUGAAGCCCCGUCUGAGCAGGGAGGAAAACCGCCACCUCCUGGCUCAGUGCUGCCAGGGCAUCAUGUGCCUUCGUCGCCCGGAGCAGAUGGAC